GUUGAAACAAUCGCCAGUGCAUCACAGCUAGGGUCGCAAUCAUGCCUGCCUCAAAGAAGGGAUCGUCUAAGAAGGCGAAGAAGGGAGGAAGCAAUGUCUUCGACAUGUUUACUCAGAAGCAGGUGGCGGAGUUCAAGGAGGGCUUCCAGAUAAUGGACCGCGACCGCGACGGCGUCAUCGACAAGGCUGACCUCCGCGGUACCUUCGACGAGAUCGGCCGCAUGGUCUCCGACAGCGAGCUCGACUCCAUGCUGGCUGAUGCCCCCGGCCCCAUCAACUUCACCACCCUCCUCCACAUGUUCGCCUCCAGGUCCUCCGGAGAGUCCGACGACGACGAUGUGGUCGCCGCCUCCAUCCGCGCCUUCGAGAAGAGCGCCGGCAAGAUUGAGGCAGAGCAGUUCCGUACCAUGCUCAUGGCCUUUGGUGACAAGUUCACCAACCAGGAGGUCGAUGAGGCCUUCGACAUGAUGGAGCUCGAUGAGGACACCGGCAUGAUCGACUCCGACGCCCUUGUUGCCAUGCUGUGCGCUGGUGGUGCCAAGGAUGAGGGCGCCGCCUAAAUGCCCAUCUUCCGCUACCUACAACCUCGCCCGAAGGAAGUGUGGGUGAGCAGCAGCAGGCGCCCACAAGUGCAGAGAUUGCUAUCCUCGACUGUGACACUCAAGCGCUGUUUGGCUUAACACUGCUGGCCACUGCUGCUGCUUACUUUUCUCUCAUCAGCCCACGCCAUAUGUCUCUCCAUUCAUCAUCAGCACCCAUACUUCUUGCGGGCGACCUCACAAGCAGGUUAAGUGCAGGGACGGGCUCCUUAGGGCCGCCUCUCCUGGUCCCGACGUGGUCAUCCUGUUCUCCCUCGUCACGGCGGAGUCACCGGCCUCCACCAUCCGAACUCACGACCCGCAGUGUCUCAACUAAAAGCCAAGUCGGGAGCGGUGAUUAUAACAGUGACAGUGAAUAUGAUCGAAUGACAGUGCCGCCGUGGAUAACACCCGAGGGCCCACCGCUCCCUGGAAGUGUCACUGUGAGAUGCUGUUGAAUCAAAACGAAAAGCGAAAAAUCGAGGCCCUAGUGUGAGUGUGGGAUUAAAGUGAGACCAUCUUCACAUUUUCAAUCUACACGAGUUGGUGUUCGGUCCGAGGUGGCGAUUUCACGGGCUUCGAGUGGGCCGUGUACGCGCAACCCACGAUCGACCAGCAACUCUGCACCCAACUCAAGCUUCUUAAUGUUUCAUUUGUGAAGCAUUGUAUUGGCAUCUGCAAGAUAUAACUCAAUAAAAUGUUUUACUAUGAGAA